CAAUUUGUCAGACCUUUUAACCAAGUGCAAUUUGUCCAUGGACGAUUACCUGAACUACGCUGAAGGACUCACCACUGGCAGUGCAGUUCUUUUGAAGCGUGAUCCAAAGGAGACUUGGGUGAAUGGCUACAAUCCUGAUUUGCUCAGGGCGUGGAAUGCGAACAUGGAUAUUCAGUACAUCCUAGACGCUUACAGCUGCAUCAUGUAUAUGCUGUCCUACGUUUCAAAGCCGGAGCAUGAAAUGAGUGGCUUUCUAAAGAACGUUAUCCAGAGUGUUCGUGAAGCCAACGUUAAUGAAGAGGACGAAAUGAAGCACAUAAUGCAAGCCUAUGCCAAGCACCGGCAAGUAAGUGCUCAGGAGUCCGUUGCGCGAACAUGCAGCUUGCCGUUGAAGAAGUGUUCACGAAGUGUCGUGUUUGUUCCGACGGAUGACGAUGCCCUCAAGAUGAGUCUGCCCAUAAGUGUGUUGCUGAACAAAAAUCCUGAAUCGGAGGACGUCUGGAUGUCAGGUUUAAUAGAAAAAUACAGAGCAAGACCUCUAACGUUGGAGUUUGAAAAAAUGUGUCUUGCGGACUUUGCAUCCAAUUACCGUGUUGUGUACGGUCAGCAAAUUAAAGGAAAAAAUGUCCUCCGACUGCUUCACGAUAUGGGAUUCAUUCAAAAGAGGACUGUUGGCAAGCCUGCAGUUAUCAGAUAUGCUCGCUUUUCAGAGGAGAAGCAACCAGAAAAAUUUUACGGAAGAAUGGUGAAACUUUACGUUCCCCAUCGCCACAAUGCAGAGCUGAAACCUGAGGAUUUUCCCACAUAUCAGCUAUUUUAUAAAAGCGGAUUUGUGGAACUUCCUGGACAUCCUGGUCUCCGGUUCCCUGUCUGCGGCAUAGUAAAGGCAUACCAGCAGAGAUAUGAAAAGCACGGCAAAGUCGUAGAUAAAGCAUUUGAACAACUUCAGCAGGAAGGACCAUCUGAGAGUGCUUGGACAGCUUUUGCACCAGAAGUUGAAGUGGAUCGCCUGGAAUGCAUAGCUGAACAAGAAGACGUCGGUCCAGAGGAAGACGACGAACAGGAUGAGGUCCCUGAAUUCCAGCCUCGUAAUGAAGAUGGCGAUGGAGUUGCACCGCGCAUAGAGCCGCCACAGAUGAGCGUCGAGUUUGUCAGGAAGCUCUUUAGGAGUUUAAACAAGACACAGGCAGCCAUAUUUUACACCAUUCGGCGGUGGUGUCAAAACCGUGUGUGGGGACUGAAUCCAGAACAGUUUUUUUACUUCGUGUCAGGUGGUGCUGGAUGUGGAAAGUCGCACGUAAUCAAGUGCGUAUACACUGAAGCAACGAAGAUUCUGCGACAACUUCCUCAGCUCCGGGAGGAUGGGGAUCUCUCCAUUCCUACAGUGAUUUUAAGUGCAUUCACUGGAACAGCAGCGUUCAACAUUUCUGGAAAAACUCUGCAUUCCAUUCUAAAGCUGCCAAGGAACUUGAAGCCACCCUAUCAAGGACUUGGGAACUCUCUUGAUGAUGUACGAGCAGGAUUACGUCAUGUGGAAAUCCUGAUUAUUGACGAAAUCUCUAUGAUUUCAAAAGACUUUUUUGCAUACAUCAACUGGAGGUUUCAACAGAUCAGAGGCAGCAAGAAACCAUUUGGGGGCAUUUCUGUCAUCGUGGUGGGAGACUUUUAUCAAUUACCGCCCCCGGGAAAAGCCAAGCCACUCUGUGUUUACGAAGAGGAUGUGCUGGACUUUUGGAAGGACCACUUCCAAAUCGUAACCCUCACGGAGAUCAUGCGGCAGAAAGAGGACCUUGCAUUUGCCCAGCUUUUAAACCGAUUGAGAGUGAAACGGAAAUCUGAUGCUCUUAAAGAAGAAGAUAGAGCUUUGUUAUUGCAGGCUGUGAGGAAUCCCCAAGACUGCCCACGUGAUGCAUUGCACAUAUUUGCAACCAACAAGGAAGUCCACAGUCACAAUAGUGAGACGGUAAACGCUCUUCAUGCUGACAUCAUAACCAUUCAUGCUGAAGAUUACCGGAAAGACCCAAGAACAGGUGGGAUGAAAAGACAGACUAAACCUGUCAUGGGUAAUAAAGACGACCUGCUUGACACCAUACAAGUUGCAGUGGGAGUCCGCAUAAUGAUGAUAAGGAAUCUGGAUGUCGAAGAUGGACUCGUCAAUGGAUGCUUUGGGAACAUUGGAAACAUUGUGACUAAAACAAGUGACGGAAUUGCAUUUGUGCACAUGCUUGGCAUUCAGCCUGACAAUCCAAAUGCUGGCCAGAAAUACAGACGACGACUGCAAGGUGAACAGGACACUUUAGUCUACAUUGAAAGAUCAGAGGAACCUGUAAAGAAAAGAGCAGUCCGUCGACAAUUUCCAAUCAAGUUGGCCUACGCAUGCACUGCUCACAAAGUUCAAGGCAUGACCAUGCAAUCGGCUGUAGUAUCACUAAAGAGGAUUUUUGAGCCAGGAAUGGCCUAUGUUGCCCUCAGCCGAACAACCUCACUUGGUGGGUUGUACAUCAGAGACUUUGAUGAAAAAAAGAUCUAUGCUGAUCCGGAAAUCACAACCUCGUUGGAGAGGAUGAAAACGGCAACGCUGGAAGGCAUCAUGCCACUUUUUGACUGGAAGAAAACCAACACCAGUCUGGUAGAAAAACUUAUUGUUGUGCAUCAUAACACAGAGGGACUCCAAUCACAUAUAGAAGACAUCAAACACCAUCAUGAGCUGCUUCUAUGUGAUAUCUUUUGUGUUACGGAAACGCACCUCUCCGGAUCAUGCAUCUCAUCACAUGUCCAGUUGGAAGGCUUUAAGAUGUUUGCAAGAAAUAGACAUGCGUCUUACUCAACCCUUCCAGAAAUGGCAAAGAAGGACUGUGGUGGAGUUGCAAUUUAUUGCAAAGAGGACAUUCAGGCGGAACCUCGACACUUUAUACACCACGUCACCGACCUGGAGUUUGUCGUCAUCAAAGUUGAUGCACCAGUGACUGCAACAAUUGCUGCGGUGUACAGGCCACCAGACUAUAGUCUGGAAAAAUUUUUGCCAAACAUCAGGGGCCUUCUUGAUUAUUUGGAAAUGAUGAAGGAGAAUCCCAUAAUUGUCUGUGGAGACUUCAACGAAGACCACCUCUCGUCUGGAAGAAAGCCCAUUCUGGAGUUGUUCCAAUCCCAACAAUACCAACAGCUCAUCACCAUGGCAACCACAGAGAAACAAACACUGUUGGAUCAUAUUUAUGUUUCUCAUCCAGACUUGUGCAUGCAGUCAGGUGUUUUACACACCUACUAUAGCUAUCACAAUCCAGUGUAUUGUGUUUUGCCUAAAUAAUUCAGCCAACAAUCCAAAUGCUGGCCAAAAAUACAUACGCAACUGCAAGGUGAAGAGGACACUUAACUCUACAUCGAAAGAGCAGAGGAAACUCUAAAGAAAGGAGCAGUUUGUCAACAAUUUCUAAUCAAGAUGGCUAACACAUGCACAAAGUUCAAGGCAUGGCCAUGCAAUCGGCUGUCAAAAAUCACAACCGCGUUGGAGAGGACAAAAAAUGGCAACGCUGGAAGGCAUCAUGCUACUUUUUGACUGGAAAAAACCAACAACAGUCUGAAAGAAAAGCUUAUCGUUGUGCAUCAUAAAGCAGAGGAACUCCCAUCACAUAUAGAGGACAUAAAACACCAUCACCAAACAUCAGGGGCCUACUUAAUUAUUUGGAAAUGAUGGAGAAUCCCAUAAUUGUCUGUGGAGACUUCACCAAAGACCACCUCUUGUCUGGAAGAAAGCCCAUUCUGGAGUUGUUCCAAUCCCUACUAUACAAACAGCUCAUCUCCAUGGCCACCACAAAGAAACGAACAUUGGCCUACGUCUUUGACAUGAAGUCAGUGUGCCACACAGAACCGGGAGACAAAAGACCUGGAUAGAGCCUGAUUAUCAGCCACUCGUCUUUUACUUGGUGGUGUGUGCACAGUUGCGUGAAGGCGGUGUGUCGUACCUGAGGUGGAUGCUGUGUGAUGAGAGUAGAGUAGGGUCAGCAGCAAGGGACAUCAGGAGGAUAUUGUGGCAUCUUCAAAGUUUACAAAGGGCAGUGACAGCAGCAACAGUUGUGGCGAUGCUGGUUCGAGCCUCAGCUGGGUCAGUUGGUGUUUCUGUGUGGAAGAUGCAAGAACAGGAUGGAUGAAAAGGCAAACUAACCCUGUCAUGGGUAAAAAAAGACAACCUGCUAGGCACCAUACAAGUUGCAUUGAUUGGGAGUCUGCAUAAUGUUGAU